AUGGCUAGUACUACCUUCGCUGUAGCAAAAGUCGAUGUAUGUGCAAAAAAGCACGUUGAAACUGAAGAUUUAAGUCAAGAAGAUUUAAAUCGAUGGUCAGGAAAAACGCAAGCAUUAUCACUUGAAAAUUUUCAAACCAAUUAUCUAUUAGCUAAUGACCUUAAUGGAAAAAAUCAUCGAAUUGAAAAUGCCUUUGUUGCUACUGUAUACAAAGCAUAUUGUGAACAUUAUCCACUUGAAAUAAGUGUUGAAGAUAUUUGGGUUUGUAUUGGACAAGGUAUUAGUAUUCAUCUUAAUCAAAAUGCUGAAAAAUAUCGAACAUUAAUGGUAUCACAUGAAGAUAAAAAAACAUUAGAACUUGCCGUAGAUAGUCUUCGAAUACCAGAUUCUGCUCGGCCUAAGAACGGUAAUAAAUCUGUACCUGCUAUUGAUUGGUCAGCUGCUGUUCGACAAAUGGGACAACUGAUUAGAAAUGAUAUGAAAACAGAUUUAGCAACACUUUUGACCACGCCCUUUUCUGGUACAACACCCGUUGAACAAGCUGUUUUCGAUUGCACAUUGAUGGAUAGUGUUAAGUCUUAUUAUGAUUUUCGAUUUAGUCUAUGUUGUGGUAUUCCACAAGUAACAUUACGUGGGUCACCAGCCGAUUUUCAACAAGUCAUUGAUCGAAUUAAUCAAUUACGCACUAUUUUCACUGAUUUUAAUUGGUGGUUAGAUACACUUUUACCUCAUGUAAAAGAAUUAAAAGCAAGUGCUGAAGGAAAACCUAAUAUCGAUUGGUGGCAAAAAAUUUGUCAUAGCGUAGGUGGUGGAUCUGAUAUUAGUAUGUUAGCUGGAUGGCUCGCUGAUUUUGUUCCAUAUACAUCCGAUGGAAAAGGCGGUUACCGAGUCGCUCGACGUGAUCAUCAUCAUUAUUGUCAAGGUCUAAUCAAUGGUAUUGAAUUUAGUGAUUUCAAUGAAAGUGUUACUCAAACAGAUUUUGUUCUGGAUGAUAAUGGACAUGAAAUUAAGAUGAAAUUAAUUGCUGGAUUUUUAGGUAUUGGUCAAAAUUCUAAAACAGGUGCCCUUCGUCCAUGUCUUGGAUGGGCUACAGCAUUGCCAAGCGGAGAAGUAUCUAUCAAUGCGUAA